AUGAAACCCAAGAAUACUGGGUUCGACUAUCCUACGCCAAACCCAUCCUCCACUGUGGGAAGAUCGUCAUCCCCAGCCAGAAAUAACGACGAGAAGGAUGUCCCAUUUGAAGUAAAGCCAAAGCCAACUGUGUCAAUCAACAGAGAUUUCAACAUCGUGAACCCUGAUGCUCUGGUCUUGAGGGUCCCCUUGAUGUCCUCCAAGCCAAUCGUGUUUGUCGGCAGAAGUCUGAAAUCUUGCGACUAUUACUUCAAAACUCUUGAUAAGGCUGUCUCUAGGACUCACAUCAAAAUCGAACAUGCGGAAGAGAAGUUGAACCUUACGUGUUUGGGCUACAAUGGCUUUGGCAUGGUAUUGCCUCGUAUGUGUGAAGUCCGCAAGGUUGAAGGCAAAGAGUCACACUACACUUUAAAGGAGGCAAAGAAGCCUUUGAAGUUGCAAAAUAUCUCCAAAACAAUUCAUUUGGACUACCAGCACACUGAAUUCCAUGUCAGCAGGGGUGAGACCGUGGAAAUGCCUCGCUUCACCAACGUGCUUGUUCAAAUCAGAGAUAAAGUCGUUUUGGUAAACCCAGAAGACUUUGAGGAGGAGUUGACGGAUGAAGAGACUAUUCAACUCGUCAAGCCCUCUGUCCAGGAGGAGGAGAAAGAAAAUAUUGGUGAGCCACUUCAACUCAACGAUGACAAGCUUGCCUCUUGCACUAAGACAACUUCUACCCCAAUCAAUAAUACCAAAUAUGAACCAGAAACUCCUAAGAAGUUUCCCUUCCGCAUAACCUCUGAAGAGCCCACUCCGAUAAAGACAGCCAAGCAGAAGACUACACAAUUCACCAUCCUCGAGGACCAAUCUGAGGAGAAGGAGAAUGAAGAUAAAGAGAAUGAGGACCGUCCAGUUGACGUAAAAUUGGACAUACCCAAGCAAAGCUUCAAAAGGGCAACUACGCCUUUGGCCGAUCAAACAAACCAAAUUUCAAAAAGCCCACUCUUGAAGCGCAGAGCUGUCAGCGAGGAGCCUGUCGGAGUUAAAAAGCCAAAGAAGGAGCCCGCAAGAGAUUCUGAGGGUAAGCUCAUCAUCGACGAUGCAUGCAUCAAGGGAUUGAAAAACGUGAACGAAGUCAACAAUAUUUUAAUUAAUCAUUUGGCAUUCUCGCGACUUUCGUCAACGCCCGCCUCAUACUUGAAUACCAUCCUGGCGGUCGUUUCUGAACUCACUCUCGAGCAGUUACGUACUGUUCUUCAUAACGUCGGAUGCAUUGGCGUCAUUUACAGACAAGGUAAGGAUGCCGCCGUAUUAUUACAUCCCGAAAACGACCAGGACCCUGAGAGAAUCAAGUUGGUUGGUUCCAUAAAGGGCCAUGGUGGAUUGAGAGCAUGCAGAAGAAAGCACAAACAAUACUACUGGAAGAAACCUGCUCCAAUCAAGAAAUAG